AUGAAGACCUCCGCCAUUGCCCUCGGCUUCUUUGCCGCCCUCACAACCGCCCACUCUCAUCCUCGCCAUAUGCACUUCCGCCGCUUCAACACCACUCUUCCCGCUGUCAGCUCUGCCGAAGCCGUGGCUAGCUCCUCCGAGGCUGCUGCCGCCAUUGCCUCUUCUUCGACCGUGGAUCUUUCCACUGGGGCUGCUAUCUCUACUGGUGUUGCUCUCUCGACCGGCGUUCCUCUUUCGACUGGAGUCCCCCUUUCUACGGGCGUGGCUGAUUCCGUCAAUGCUACGGCUACUGUCCCCGGAGCUCAGUCUCUCACCACCCUCACCAUCGACACCAUCACUUCGAGUGAGGACCUUGCUGCCCUUCCCACCGAGGCUCUCGCCACUACUGUCGUCACCCGCACCGCUCAUCUCACCACCACCGUCUGCCCCGUUGCUGAUGCUUCCGUUCUUGCUGGGGCUUCGAGCACUGGUAUCCCUGGCUCCAUGCUAUCCUCUGCUGCUGCCGUAACCGCCUCUGCCGCGACCACUUCCGCUCCCAUCUUCAGCAACUCUACCACUGUCCCGGCUGCUGCUGCGUCGUCCGUGAUUGCUACCCAGGUUGAGACAAUCACUUCCUGCGCUGCCUCCAUCACCAACUGCCCCGCCAGGACCGAGGACUUGUCUGCUCUCCCCACCGAGGCUCUUGCCACCACCGUCGUCACCCGCACCGCUCAUCUCACCACCACCGUCUGCCCCGCCUCCUCCAUCUCCUCCAGCGUUUUCGCCCAUGCCUCCAGCACCGGCAUCAAGACCCUCACCACCCCCAAGGCCAUCACCAUCACCCUUGGCGGGGGCGGCAACGGCAACGGCAACGGCAACGGCAACGGCAACGCUCACAACACCGUCGUCCAGACCAUCACCAUGACCAACCCCGUUGGCCUCUCCACUUCCGCAGCUGCUGCCGUCGGUGGCGGCAACCUCGCUACUUCUGCUGUCGCUGGCGAGGUUGAUACCACCUCCACCAUGACCACCACCACCAUCGGCACCAGGACUAUUACUGUUGGCAUGGGCGCCACCGUCACCUCGCCUGCUUCUCCCACCACUGGCUCCGGCUCCGGUACUGGCUCCGGCUCUGGCACUGGCUCCGGCUCCGGCUCCGGCUCCGGCUCCGGCUCUGGCUCUGGCUCUGGCUCUGGUUCCGGUUCCGGCAACGGCUCUGGCAACGGCUCUGGCAACGGCUCUGGCAACGGCUCCAGCCCCGACUCCGGCGCCUGCCAAUGCCCCGCCGCCGUCACCGUAACCGCCGCCGCCAUGACCGUCACCGUCCCCGCCUCCACCGUCACCAUGCCCGCUUCCACCGUCUACGUAACCAUGACCGCUCCUUCCGUCGCCACCGGCACUUCUGCUGCCGCUGCCGUCACUGCUACUGCUAUUGGUAACAGCGGCACCGACCUCUCUGGUUCUAAUGGCUCCGGUGAUGAGGAGUCCUGCCCCCCUGAUGAGGAUACCACUGGCGAGGAGGGUGAGGGUGAGGGUGAGGAUGAUAGCUGCACCGAUGAGGCCGUCACUGUUACUUCCACCGCUGCUGCCUCUGCUACGCUCGCUGUUCCCUUCCCUGCCGGUAACGGCACGGCUCCGGCGGCGCCUACUGGUACUGCCGCGCGUUUUCUUGACAAGAUCUAA